AUGAACUUUGGUACAACACAAAUAUUAGGAGAACAAAGUGACAGAAGAAUAAGAGACAGUGAUAGUGUUAAUGUUGCUAAUACAAAUAGAAGUCCAGAUAGUGAUGGUACUGUUAAUGUAAACAUAAAUGGAAGAUUAAUUAAUACUAUUUCAAAUACAGAAAUAAAUCUUCCAACAACAAAUAAUGGAUUUCAGAAUGUGAAUGAUUUUAAUACUACAACAUUUCAAAAUUAUAAUACUCCAGGAUGUUUUAAUUAUAAUGAUAUAUUUAAUGUUACUGCACAGAAUCAUGAUACUAAUACUAAUAAUAAUAGUAAUAUGUUUUUUGGCACAAGUGUUGAAUUUCCUCAAAACCAAAUGACAACUGUAUUUCCAACAAGUUAUAAUUCAAUUACAAUACCAGGUUCAAACUUUUGUUCAUCAACAGCUAAUUUAUGUAGAACAUUUGAUCAACAUACAUAUUCAAAUCCAUUUUUAAGUUAUGGAACACAUUUUGAUAUUCCUAAUAAUCAAGAUUCUUUACAUACAACAAAUAUGUCACAUGAUUCAUUAUCUUUAAAAGGUAGAAGUAUAACAGAUAUAUCUUCAAAUAUAAAAACAUCUACAUCAAAUACAUCCUAUAAUAGUCAUAAUUUUAUGAAUUUAAAUUUUCCAUUUUCGGAUAAGUCAUAUACUGGAUCCGGAAUGUCUACACAUGCAAUAUCUCAUACAUCUUCAUUUCCCACUUCAACAACAAUUCCUCCACAUCCAUUUCAUGCAUCAUCAUUUACAAAUAUACCAUUUAUUAUGUCGGCACAAAAUUCAACAAAUGCCUCAGCUAUUACUGCUGCUGCUUUAAUUAAUUCUAAUCAAUAUACAGGAAAUAUUAAUAAUAAUAAUAUAAAUAAUGUUACUAAUACUACAACUACAUUAACAACAUCAAAUAUAAUAUCUAAUAAUUAUAGUAUCAUUGAUCAAAAUCAUAGAAAUAAUAUGGAUAAUUCAAAUAAACUUUGUGCUGUUUGUAAUGAUACUGCUGUAUGCCAACAUUAUGGUGCAAGAACAUGUGAAGGAUGUAAAGGUUUCUUUAAACGUACUGUUCAAAAAAAAGCUCAAUAUGUAUGUGCUGGUUCAAAAAAUUGUCCUAUUGAUAAAAGGUAUCGCUCUCGAUGUCAAUAUUGUCGUUUUCAAAAAUGUCUUGCUGUUGGUAUGGUAAAAGAGGUUGUACGGUAUGGAUGUUUACAGGGUCGACGUGGAAGAUUACCAUCUAAAGCAAAAAGUCAGGCAACAGACAAACCACCAUCUCCACAAAUGCCUCUUAUUACAAUGAUACAAAGAGCCUGGACUGAAGGUGGAAAUAAUACAAUUAAUGAAGAAAAAAAAUAUGACUCAAUGAUAGAAUCUAAUGAAAUGAUUAAAUUAUUAAAUAAUGAAUAUAUAUCAAUGUAUCAAUUUUUUAUGAAAAUUCCUGAUAUUUCAAGUUUAAAAUUACAAGAUUUUACAACAUUAUUAGGUAGAAAUUUUUUUUCACUUUUAUCAUUAAAACUUUGUUACUAUUAUCCAUAUAAUAAAAUACAAAUAAUUGAUAAAGAUAAUGAAAAAGGACAUUAUUUUUAUUUUUCUGCAUCAAAUAUUAAAAUUGAUAUUAAAGAAAUUGAACAAUGUUUUAAACCAUUAUUUAAAAGUAUUGGUGAAAUAGCUAAAAUAUUUCAUUCACAAUUAGAGUGGGAUCAUGCUAGUUUUUCAACAUUAAUGACAAUACAAUUAUUAAACAGAAAAAAUGAAAGAUGUACAGAUGAUUCUUAUGCAAUGAAUUAUGAAACAUUUAAUUCAAAUGUCAAUUCAAAAAUAAAAAUAGAAUUAGAUGAUGUUGGAGGAAAAGAAUGUUGUGAUAUUAAUCUUCAAGAUAUACCAUCUGUUGAUAGAUUAAGAUCUACCUUAAUAAAUGCUUUGAAAGAUCAUUGUUGUUCUUCAAAUAAUUUUCAGGCAAAUAAAUUAAGCAAAAUAAUUGCACAAAGUACAAUAUUUGAUGUUUUUAAUAAAAUAGGAUUUAAAUGUCUGAAAUUAUUUGAUAUGACAAAGUUUUUAGGAGAUAAAAAUAAACAACAAGAUACAAAUAAUUUUAUUCAUAUUGCUUCAGUAUUUCAAAUAUUAAAUUCAAUAUACAUUUCUUUUCCUACAAAUUUUGAAAAUUUAAACAAUACUAAUCACCAAUCAUUGGAUGGUAGUUUUAAAAGUAGUUUUUCUCAUGAAUUAGUAACUUCUAAAAAUAAUAUUAAUCAACCGAAUACUUCUACACGUAUAAUUGAUUAUCAAAAUAUUCAAAGAACUCAACAACCUUUAUUACCAAUUUCAUUUUCAAUAAAAACAUCAACUUCACCAAAUAAUUUAAAUGUAAACACAAAUACUUCAAUUAAUAGUAAUUUUACAAAUUUAUAUGAAACUCCUGAUAUGAUAAAUAACUUGUUAAAUGAAACAAAUGGAAAUAUUUUAGUGUGA